CGAGGCCCUCGGCAAGCUGGACUCGCGCGCUGGCCCCUGCUCGCCGCUCCCCCAGUUCGGCGUGGAGGAGAGUGCAUGCUGCGCGUCUGCCAGCUCCUCCCCGACGCCCUCGCCGACUGCACGCACCUCGAGCUCACCAACACGCUCUGGGGCCUGGGCCGGCUUUACCCGGGCGCGGCCGGCGGCGCGACCGGCACCGCCCCACAGGUGCGCAGGGCGGCGCACGCGAUUCUGGGCGAGUGCACCGCGAAGAUGUCCGCGCUCACGCCGCAGUGCCUGGCGAACGCCUUCUGGGCCGCGGCGCGGCUGAGGAUGGUCGGGCCCGGCGUCGAAGAGUUCGCCGCGCAGGCCCUGCGCUCGCUGGCGGGCGGCGCGCUCCUCGGCGCCCUCACGUCCCAGGGCGCUGCCAACGUGCUAUGGGGCCUGGCCACGCUGCGGGCGGCUGGCGUCGGCAAGAGCCCGCACGACGCCACCGUCCAGCAGGCCCUCGUGGCACUCGCGCAGGUCAUUUCCUCGCGCCUCGCGGACUACCAGCCGCAGGAGAGCUGAGCAUGGUGGCGUGGUCGUUCGCGAAGCUGUACGAGUCGUCGAAGGCCAGGGGAGCGCAGGGGGAGCGCUCGGCCAGCAGGCGGCCGCCGGAGGUGGACGAGAUGCUGCUGAGGCUGGCCGAGGUGGCGGCGUGGAGCGUCGACAGCUUCGAGGCCCAGGGGAUCUCGAACAUCGCUUGGGCGUUGGCGACGCUCGAGCUCACGGACUGGACGCCCGAUAUGGCACCGGUGCGGAGCUUCUUCGAGGCUGCCAUGCACAGUUCUAUUGGCAAGCUGGGGAGCUACUCUUCACAGGCAGUCGCGAACUUGCUGUGGGCCUGCGUUCGGGUAAGGUUCCCUGACGUAAGCAGGAAGGGCAAGAAGUUCAUCGGCCAGUUCUGCUCAGCUGUCGCCGAGGAGAUGAUGGCGCGCAUUACUAGAGGUCUCGACGGAGUUACCUGGAGGGACCUAUCUGGCGUUGCGAUCGCACUGAUGCACAGCAAGAAGAGGUCACUAGCCGUGUUGAAUUACAUGACCUUCUUGGUAUAUCGGACGACAGAGCAGGUGGAGCAGGGGGUACUCUCGCCCCAGCAGAUACUUAACAUCGCCCAGGCGGCUGCCCGUAUGCAGAUACCUCAGGAGAACAUGCAGAAGCUCGUGGACACCAUUGAGAGCCGCGUCCUGACUGGCCGCCUGCAGUUCAACGAGCUCGACUGGCGCCAGUGGCAGGGUGUGCAGCAGUGGUGCCCGCCACAGGGUGUUUACAUCGGGGCCACGGGUGUGCACCAGCAGCAGUGGUGCCCGUCGGCGGGUGUCUACAUCGCAGAGGUCGGCGCCCACCAACAGCAGCAGUGGCGCCCAAAGGCAGAGGUCUACGCCGGAGACGUGGGUGCCCACGUGCAGCAGUGGUGCCCGCCAGCCGAGGUCUACAGCGCAGACCCGAGCCCGAACGGGCAGCAGUGGUGCUCAUCGACGCCCGCGGCCACCUUCCGGGCGGCAGACACCCCGACCUGCGUCCACGUGAGGUGAUCGGCUGCUCCCUGUCCCUCCCACCUCGCCCCCUCGCCCCGGCGUGGGGGCGCUGGCGAGUUUGGGGACUCUGCCCGCCCUCCUGCCUCCCUCUCGCUCUCUCUCUCUCUCUCGAUGACCCUCAGGACGCGUGUUGGUCCGAGCGUGUGCUCACCCCACUCGCUGCCUCUGCAGCGCGCAGCCGGCGCCGGCCCUCGCUGCGCCGCUCGCGUCGUACGGAAUCGGGGGGGCCUCGGCGGCCGAGCACGCGCUGGCGCGAAAGCUUUUGUAUUUCGGCGCCAGCGGGCGCCGGGUGCCAGGAAAUCGCUCGGCGGCGGGGCGUGCCGGGUGCGGGCGCACGAGGUCGGCGGGCGAGGGGCGCACACCUGCGGCCGCAGGCACCGCGGGCGGUGUGCAGCGAGCAGCCCAGACCCCCCC